UCUGCCUUCUCCUCCAGUCUGUUCAGGAGGGAACUUUCUCUUUUCCCCUCUGGCUCUGCUCUCAUCACUUGGUUUGCAGUCUGAGCAAAGCUAAGGAGGGAGCUUCCAGAGCUCUUUGUCCAGUUUUGAAAAACUUCAGGGAUUCUUGAGGGAGCUAAUUUGGAAGAAGCGGAAAGGAAAAACAAAAGAAAACAAAGGGAGGAAGAAAGGAGAAUAAUGGUGAUCUGGUCUUGCCAAGAAAUCUUUUCCGUGCAAACUGUGAAGAAGGGAGAACCUGGCUCAUCACCGUGGGGUGAGGAAGAGGACUUAGCAGCUGUGGACUUGAACUUUGGCUCCAUCUUCCACUGGAGUUUACAUAAAAAGAACAUCUUCUGCUGAGGCAGGGCUCAGUGAGCCAUUUGGCUAGCCCGGCGUUCAAACAGCUGAAUGGGACAAGAAUCCAGCUUGGUCUCUAGCCGGGUUUUUGGGUGGUUGUAUUAAAAACGAGACAUUGCAGCACUUUUGGAAACUUAAUAACAUCACAGAGGAAAUUAACUUUAUGGUGCAUGUGUCUUUGACUGUAUCAGCUUGAAGAUUAUUUUCUUUUUACUGAAAACAGCGCUACAGCACGGGUGGAUUUAAUUGCUUUUAUUUAUUUUUUUUAAAGGGAGAGAGAGAGAGAGAGAGGUGUUUCUAUAAAACUUGACAAAGGAAUUUGAAAGAACAAACCCUAGGGUGGGAAGGUAGAUUGUGAUUUUUUUUUGGAGGAGGAAGAGAUCUCCUAUUCCUCUUUCUCAGUGGAAGAUGCUUGGACAAUAGCCUCCCUUAGAAGUCUGAAUGCUUGGUCCAGCAUGGCUGUUUAUGCUCUCACAGGUUUCUCGCUGGUCAGCCUGCUUAGUUUUGGCUACUUGUCCUGGGAUUGGAUGAAACCCAGCUUGGUAACGGAUGUUUCCAUGGACCCAAUGGAGAAAUCGCUCCCUCCUGCCUUUUCCAAGCCACCUCACAUCAUCUUCAUUCUGACUGAUGACCAGGGAUACCAUGAUAUUGGGUACCAUGACUCAGACAUACAGACACCAAUGCUAGACAGGCUAGCAGCAGAAGGAGUUAAACUGGAGAAUUAUUACAUCCAGCCCAUCUGUACCCCAUCCAGGAGCCAACUUAUAACGGGCAGGUACCAGAUCCACACGGGCCUUCAGCACUCCAUCAUCCGGCCCCGGCAGCCCAACUGCCUGCCCCUGGAUCAGGUCACGCUGCCCCAAAAGCUGCAGGAAGCCGGCUACUCGACGCACAUGGUGGGCAAGUGGCACCUGGGCUUCUACAAAAAGGAAUGCCUGCCCACCCGGCGAGGCUUCGACACCUUUCUGGGCUCCCUGACGGGCAACGUGGAUUACUACACCUACGACAACUGCGACGGACCCGGCGUCUGCGGCUACGACCUGCACGAAGGGGAGAACGUAGCGUGGGACCAGAGUGGGAAGUACUCCACCUUCCUCUAUGCUCAGCGAGUGAGCAAGAUCCUGGCCACCCAUAACCCCAAGGAGCCCAUCUUCAUCUAUGUGGCGUUCCAAGCCGUGCACACGCCCCUGCAGUCCCCCAAAGAGUACAUCUACCGCUACCGCUCCAUGGGCAACGUGGCUCGGCGCAAAUACGCCGCGAUGGUGACGUGUAUGGAUGAGGCCGUGAGGAACAUCACCUGGGCACUCAAGAAGUACGGUUACUAUGACAACAGCGUGAUCGUGUUCUCCACGGACAACGGCGGGCAGACGUUUUCCGGGGGAAGCAACUGGCCUCUGCGAGGCCGCAAAGGGACCUACUGGGAAGGCGGGGUCCGCGGCAUUGGCUUUGUCCACAGCCCCCUGAUCAAACGCAAGCGCAGGACCAGCUGGGCACUGGUCCACAUCACAGACUGGUACCCUACGCUGGUGACCCUGGCUGGGGGCAACGUGUCUGAAGCCGAGGGCCUGGAUGGGUACAACGUGUGGCCAGCCAUCAGUGAGGGCAAGGAGUCCCCGCGCACCGAAAUCCUACACAACAUCGACCCCCUCUACAACCACGCCAAGCACGGCUCCCUGGCGGGCGGCUUUGGCAUAUGGAACACAGCUGUGCAGGCCUCCAUACGGGUGAGGGAAUGGAAACUGCUGACUGGUGACCCCGGCUACAGCGACUGGAUCCCACCUCAGAUGCUGACCAACUUCCCAGGGAGUUGGUGGAACCUGGAGCGGCUGACGGACAGCGUGCGCAAAUCCGUCUGGCUCUUCAACAUCACGGCCGAUCCCUACGAGCGCGACGACCUGUCGGACCAGCGCCCGGACGUGGUCAGGGCUCUCUUGAAGAGGCUGGUCCAUUACAACCGGACUGCAAUCCCGGUUAGGUACCCGGCCGAGAACCCCCGGGCCCACCCGGACUUCAACGGUGGUGCCUGGGGGCCGUGGGCCAGCGAGGAGGAAGCGGAGAAUUGGGAGGGAGGUGGCGGGCCGCUGAGAAAUAAAAACAACAAGAAGAAGUGCAAGAUCUGCAAGCUGCGCUCCUUUUUCCGGAAGCUGAACACCAGGCUGAUGUCAAACCGCAUCUGAUGGGGCUGCCACAGAGCUCCGGGUGCAGCUGCUCGAGGUGGGUGUUCCAAAUGGCCAGGACAAUGGGAGGGAGAGAGGCAGAUGGUCACAGAGACAGCAGCGCCUUCUCACUUUCCCUUGCACCAUUGGACACAUGCACGGGGCCAACCACGCACAAAAGCCUCCAGAUGUCUUUCCCUCCGGUCUCCCCCAAAUUGAGCAACCUGUAGGGAGCAGGUGUCCAGGUUAGGGUGGCCGAGGGAGAGUGACGGGGGUCCUCCAAUCCUGUUUAGUGGACGUUACAGCUGUCGCAGGUUGUCGAGCUGUCCAGCCCGUUCCAGUGCAAAAGAAUGAAACUUGUCUUAAGCGAUCAACUCAGGGACCAGUUCAAACGCACCAUCCUGGGAACAAAGCUUUAAACGCAGGUCAAACCCACGGUACUUGAAGGUGCAUGGGGAUGUUCUCGUGUGGUUCAUAUGAGGACGGCUGGCCUGCUGAAGGCUGCUCUCAGGUUGUCUGUCACUAUAAAAUGUGCUGUCACCCGAUGGAACCCUAGUGAGUGUGCCACACCAUGUGCCCCUGCUCUGGGAAAACAGCCUGUCAGUUCUCACUCAGCCCCGGCCACAGCUUUUUCCCCCUGAAGACUCUACGGCAGGUGGUAGUGCGGAGAAGGCGAGGCGACUUAUUUUUAUGUCGAAGGUCCCUGGCUCAGAGACCGGGCAGAGCCUGGGACAGCAAGAGAAUACUAUCUCUAAUGGACACAAAGGCAAACAGACAGUAUAUGGGCCUGGAUCAGCGUGGCCCUGCAGUGUAUUGGAGACACGUUUGCACUGAGAACUUGUGGGGCGUUAGCUGUUUCAAUAUAAAGCAACCCCAGUUUACACUCAUCUAUCGUACAGACGCAUGCAUGUACCACACACGUGGACACAUAUGUGUGGAUUCACUUACACCCCGCGCCCCCAACCACAAUGGGUUCGAAAGAAGGCAGCUCCCUGAUUCUCAGCUCCCAGGGGCGUCCUCUGCCAGAUAGCCACCCCGCACCCCCACCUUUGCAGGGACAGCGACACAGCAGAGCAGCUUGCCUGAUGGCCUUGCUGCCAUUUUGAUGCCAACUCUGGAACAGAGGACCGGGUCUCUCGGACACUUGCUCUGCGCGGUCUAUUUUCCAGGGUGUGCAUGGGUUCCCCACAAGAGGAUCCACAAGGAGCUGAUGGUAAAUGCAGUGCAGCUUGGCGACGGGGAUGUAAGGAGGGAUCGGUCUGUAGUAACACCUUGCUGGGCUGCAAACUGCAGGCGUCUCUUUUGUUUGUUCCCAGAGCAGUUCCUUACUCAACACUCUCCGAUGAUGUGUUUGCACCAAACAGGCACCCACUGCUUCCCUGGCUGCCGAGUGAGUCUCCAUCAUUGCUCGGUCCUGCCAGCAAGGAGGGGACACCAUACCACCCUCCUUCCCUGGGAAGUUAACUGAGGAGAUCAUCCGAGGCCAGUCCUCUCCGAGCGCGACUUGCCGGUCCUCCACUUCCGCUUCCUUCUACGCCUGACCUUUCUGUGGCAUGUGUGAGAGAGAGCGUGAGCCCGUGUGUGCCACGGAUGGGGGCUGGCCAGGAAGAAAGAGGGUAAAUGGCUUUAAAAGCAUUUUUAACAUGUGGUGCAUUUACAUUUACACAAUGCAUUUUACAUUUCUCCCCACAGGUUUCUCUCGGUGCAGUGUGUGUAGGCGACGGCCCUGCUGUGAAUUUUGAAAAUAGCUAUUUUUGUCUCUGGAAAAUGAGGCCUGUUAGGACUUGUCAGAUUUUGGAUGAGCAGUGUGGGCCUUUUUUUUUUUUUUUUUGCAAAAUAACAUUCAUUUUAAAUCUGUCGCUGAAGGAUGUGACAACUGGCAGCAUUUUCACUGAAUACCUUGCGGAGUGCUUUCCCCUUGUCGCCGUAUGCGUGUGUGAGGAAAGAGACAGAGACAAGGGGAGGGGAGAGGAAUACAAUGACAUUUGUAUUUUUUUAUUAUUAUUUAGAGGAUUGUGAUUUUAUAGAGAAGAAGGGGGAAAAAAACCUCGACAACAAGAGAAAGAGAAAUGGGAGGCCAUGUUACCCUAGAGAUGGGCAAAAAUGGGAGCUUUCGCAUUACCCACAAGCAGGGCAUGAAUCGAUCUACCUGUCUAUACGGUACCCAUCACUGCGCUAUGGCCCCGAUCCUGCAAGUUGUUCUGUGUGAACACCCUCCCCUCCCCCCCAGAGUUCAGUAGGGCUUAGCGUGGGCUCCAGGCCCUGGCCAGGUGGAACAGUUUGCAGGAUUAGAGCAUUGUGCAGAGUCUCCUAUCAAACUCACAGAUAGGGCUGGUCGUUUCUCUCUCCUCAUCCCCUGGUUGAGAUCUGGGUCCUGUUGAGCUGCACUCUGCUCCAUUUGGGAGGGAAGUAUUCCGACACUGGGAAUGGGUUCCGGUUCUGGGUCGUCUCUGUGUCAAACGGUGCUGGGCGAAACUGGCAUCAGAACUGGCUUUCCAAAACCAAAGCCAGCAAUGGCAGUGGUGGCUGAGAUUGGAGUUCAGUUUAUUCAGCUCUGCCAUCACCCCACCCAGUGUAGAGCGAGGUGCAGAUCAAUAGUUCUAGCUUUGGCCCAUCUCCCUGGUACAUUGGCAGGGUUAUGACCAGUUACAAAGCAGCCACAUAGAGCCACUUACCAUAACAGACCUAAAAUCGCCUACCAGCUCUGAUGACCUCGGGGAGAGACUAUGUUUUCUAACAAGCCACUUAUAGCUAUCAUCACAGUAACAGAGUGGAGCAUUCCAUCCCCUUAUGCAUCUUGCUUCAUUUAAUGAAUAAGUACGUGAAAUUUCACUUAUGGCCCCCAUUUAGCAAAGCACUUCAGCAGGUGCUUAACUUUAAGCAUGCGCUUAAGCGUGUCCGUAUCCAGCCAAACACAUAAUCACAUACGUAAAUGCUUUGCUGAAUGACGGAUUUAAGUACAUGGUUAAAGUUAAAUAUAUUUUAAACACUUUGCUGAAUCAGGGCCUAUGGGAAGAAUCCAGAGAGAGCAAGAGAAAAGGUGAAAAAGAGCUAAUAUAAAGAUCAGAUGCAGAAUCAAAGCAAAGGGGGAUGUUAUGCAAAAACAAAUAAUUGUUGAUCAUUUGAGAAAACAGCUUUAAUGGGAAGUUGGACGUGGGCAACUGUUAUAACCAAAUUAGCGACUGGGGGUGUGUGGUGUGACAAGAGUUGGUCAUAAAAUUUUCUCUGAAAUUUUUUAACCAAAUUUUGCCAUUUUUUCAAAAAUGGAAAUUUCCAUGAAAACAUUUUUGAUUUUUUUUUCAAUUUUUCCA